CUGAUGGCCUUCCAUAUCAAUACAUUGCACCUCGAUUAUCUCGAAGAAUCUCUCAGCAUACUGCUACCGGCGAGAAAAACAAGAAGAAUCAGCUUACCGCCCUAAUCUGUCAAUUAACAUAAAAAGUCUAUCCUUGGGAGCAGGGAGUCCAGACGCGAGUACGAAUGCGAAGAUGAACCUUGAGGGAGCAGUAAAGGUGGUACGGCAAAUGCCUCAGGCUGGCGGCCUGUCUCUUGCGGCAUUAAACCAGUCGCUUCAGCGAAAUUGGUCCUCGUCGCCAUGUUCCAAGCCCCCGGCGCUGCCGACCUGGAGGGUGUGGAGCAGAAGGUGACUGCCAUUCUAACCGCGCUUGGCUUUUUGGUCCAGAGUGAGAAGCUCCAGCAACCAGAUGUUGAUAAAGCGAUGCAGCAUCUUUUACAGAGGCGGAUUGUGCACUUCGCGUGCCAUGGUGUGGCCGAUCCGCUUUAUCCCGCGGACAGUGGGUUGCUUCUGAAACAGCCACCGCCACCCAUCGCCACCCCUCAGCAACAGGUUUUGACCGCGACCAGAUUGUGUAUCUCCUGGCUUGCUCGACGAUGCAAGCCCGGGCUCCGGGCUCCGGGGCCCCAGGAUGAACACCUCCCUGUCGUCAGCCGCUUUCAGGUCGCGGGAUUCAGACACCUGAUCGGUUGCUUAUGGCCGUCGGAUAACGCGAACUGGAUCGAGAGUGCUUGCUCAUUUUACACGCACCUCCACCGAGGCGGGAUGCAGGGACUCACAGACCAAAAGAUCGAGUUGGCUCUCUACAAAGCAGUCAAGGCGAUAUCGGAGCACCAGAAGUAUAAAAGGCAACCGUGGAACUAG